AAGUCGUGAGUAAACCUCCAGCAGAUAAACAUCUAAGAAUGCAUAUCCCAAUACUCACAGGCGGCUAGGUGAAAACAAUGGAUGUUGGAUUCAAACUAUCACCUCAACCCAGUUUUAAACCUUCCUUACCACAGCCACAUCCAGGUGCGUCUCGGGGCACAGAGCAGUUCAUCAACUCUGUGAAGGUCAUCAAGCACCCCAGAUACAGCAGCCGCAACCUGGAUAACGACAUCAUGCUGAUCAAGCUGAGCAAGCCCGCCACCCUGAACAGCUACGUCCGCGCCGUGGUCCUGCCCUCCAGCUGUGCCGGCUCUGGAAGCCGUUGUCUGAUCUCUGGAUGGGGAAACACCCUCGCCUCUGGCUCCAACUCACCCGACGGCCUGAUGUGCCUGGAUGCCCCCAUCCUGAGUGACAGCAGCUGCAAGAGUGCCUACCCUGGACAGAUCACCUCCAACAUGUUCUGUGCUGGAUUCCUUGAGGGAGGCAAGGACUCCUGCUAG